CCCUCCCGGGGUGCGGAGCCCGAUUGUCACUCAGCUCCCGCGCCGGGGGCGACCGAGGCGCCGGCGCCCAAAUCCAGUCCCCGCCAGCCGCCACCACCUCCCUGGACGCCGGUGGUCCGGCUCUGGCUUCUCCCGGCCAGCACCUAGCGGUAGGCUGCCGGAGGCGCGGGGGACUGUCAGGGCGUGGGGGCGCUGGGACAGACCAGCUCAGGUGGCCAACAGCUGCUCCGGCUCUGGUGACCUUGGGCCUCCCUGACCACAGGUGCCUGCUGCGUGCCCCCCCAGUGCCUGUCUGCUGAUGUGCCCAGCCUGUGCCCAGCAUGCCGCCCUCCAUCUCGGCCUUCCAGGCCGCCUACAUCGGCAUCGAGGUGCUCAUCGCCCUGGUCUCCGUGCCUGGGAAUGUCCUGGUCAUUUGGGCUGUGAAGGUGAACCAGGCUUUGCGGGACGCCACCUUCUGCUUCAUCGCAUCACUGGCCGUGGCUGACGUGGCUGUGGGAGCCCUGGUCAUCCCACUGGCCAUCCUCAUCAACAUUGGCCCUCAGACCUACUUCCACACCUGCCUCAUGGUGGCCUGUCCUGUGCUCAUCCUCACCCAGAGUUCCAUCCUGGCCCUGCUGGCCAUCGCCGUGGACCGCUACCUCCGCGUCAAGAUUCCUCUUCGGUACAAGACGGUGGUGACCCCACGGAGGGCAGCGGUGGCCAUAGCUGGCUGUUGGCUCCUGUCUUUUGUAGUGGGGCUGACCCCCAUGUUCGGCUGGAAUAACCUGCAGGAGGUGGAGCAGGCCUGGGUGGCCAACGGCAGCGUUGGGGAGCCGGUGAUCAAGUGCGAGUUUGAAAAGGUCAUCAGCAUGGAGUACAUGGUGUACUUCAACUUCUUCGUGUGGUUGCUGCCCCCGCUGCUGCUCAUGGCCCUCAUCUACCUGGAGGUGUUUUACCUGAUCCGCCGGCAGCUCAACAAGAAGGUGUCGGCCUCGGCUGGCGAUCCGCAGAAGUACUACGGCAAGGAGCUCAAGAUUGCCAAGUCACUGGCCCUCAUCCUCUUCCUCUUCGCCCUCAGCUGGCUGCCGCUGCACAUCCUGAACUGUAUCACCCUCUUCUGUCCCACCUGCCACAAGCCCAGUGUCCUUGUCUACACCGCCAUCUUCCUCACACAUGGCAACUCGGCCAUGAACCCCAUUGUUUAUGCCUUCCGCAUCCACAAGUUCCGCGUCACCUUUCUUAAGAUCUGGAACGACCACUUCCGCUGCCGGCCUGCGCCGCCUGCGGUCGCAGCCGCCACUGCUGCUGAGGACCUCCCAGACGAGCAGGAGGGGAAGCCCAACGACUAGCACUGCCCAGUCCUCUGCUCCUACACCUGGGCUGUGGAGGCCCC